AUGCAGAGAAAUAAACCAGGCAACUACACAGAAGUUGCAAUCGAAGAAGAACAGAGAAGAAUCACAGUAGAAAUUAAGAAGAAAGAUCAGAAAUUGGGAGCAGAAGUGAAAAAGAUCGAGAGGAUCAAGAGAGAAGAAGCCGUGAGGCAAAAAGGGCUGGCUUCAGCUGAUAACAGCGAGAGUACCAUACUAGCGGCUCUAGAGAAUGGUGCGGUACAUUAUACAGUGAAACCAGUUUGCUUUAGUGAUGUGAAAAACCUAUGGGGAUUGGUUUUGGGAGCCAAUGAAACAACAAGAUUGGAUUCAAACAAUAAUAUUACUAACCGUAGAGCAAGUGUUGAUGGGAAAUCGUCAUCAUCCACAGAUGGGAGUAACAAUUCUAAGAGAAAAAGAUCAUCAGAGGAAGGGAAAAAGGCUGUUCCAAAAAGAAUCCUUGAGGUCAUGAAUGUUGAAGGGUUAACCAGAGAAAACGUUGCAAGUCAUUUGCAGAAAUAUCGAAUGUUCUUAAGGAAAGUUGCAGCAAAAAUUUCAGUCAGCAAAUUGUCUGUGGAAAGAGCCCAACAAACAAGACGUGCACUAUUGUAUCAAAACAUUCUAGUAGAAAGACAAGCAUCCACACUGCAGCAACGAAGAUCAUUCCAUGAAAAUUUCGAGCUCUUAGUUAAUCAGAAUACUGCAUGGCUUCUCAACCGGCUGCCACGUGGUGCUAAUGAUCAUGAAGCUUCUAGCAGCAGAUGCCUACCUCGAUCAGGAUCAUACAACACCAGACAAAAUCCAUACGUACUGAAUGCUCAAACUCACUCUGGAAAGCAGCCUUUGAUGAUGAACACACCAAAUCGUUUCCAACCAGCCAAUUACUGUGGAAUAUUUCAAUCAAACAGUGCUCAAAGAAACUGGUCCAUUACUAACACAUCGACAGAUGUUGCGUAUAACUUUGGGAGCAAUAAUGCAAAUGGAGUUAAAAUUGGUACCAAUAUUCCAAGUCAGAUUCUGUUUAGUUCAAGCUGGGAUACUUCAAAUGGUGUCAAAAAUUAUGCCUCUGGUGCUAGCAGCAGUCAGUUGUCACCAAUGUUUGCUGAAGGCAAUAAUAUUGGACAAGAAAAUGUUAAUGCUUCAGCACUGGAAGAUCCUCUACAGCAGCAGCAGCAGCAAUAUGGUGGUACUGAUCUUGUGAAUGCUUCCAAUAACAGCAGUAGCCAUGUGACAGGAGUAGUGGACUGUUCUAGCUCUACUGAGAUACAUUUGAAAGACAGCACUACUGGUCAUGAUGACUUUGAUAUUAGUGAUAUCUUUUGGAAUGAACUUCAACUGGAAUCUGUUACUGAUGAUAAGGGAAAAGGAAAAGAAGUCAUGAAUUCUGAACAAGACAAUGGUGAUGACUUUGAUAGUAUAACUUUGGAUGAACUUAAUUCGGAACCUGCGACUUGUGAUAAGGGAAAACAAGUCUUGAAUUCUGAUCUCAAUGCAAGUUUGGUCCAAGAAAAUUCUCCUCUUAACAAAGAAAUAUCCCUUGGCCAGGAAAACCAAGGUGAUAUGAUGGACCUUGAGUUCGAUGGCGAUGGGCUGAAUUUCGUGGAUCUAUCUCCUGAUGAGGACUGGGAAAAAAUUAUGGAGUCAUUGCUCAAGUGA